AUGCGAUUUGGUGGGGGUUGUGGUAGGUUUGUAGGACGAGCCGGGAUGAAAGGCAAAGAGCGGGAAGAAGGGAAAGAAGGGGUUCAGGCGGCGGAGGGGCGGAGGGGGGGGAAGGGGGGGGGGGGGCGAGGGACAGUGGGGGGGGUGGAGAAGGUGGGCAGGGUGGGAGGGGAAAUAGGGGGGUGUGGAGGCGGGAUGGGGCUUAUGAUGAGAGGAGAGGAGGAGGGGUGUAGGAGGGGGGGGAGGGAGGGGACGAGGGGGGAGGGAAAACGGGAGGGGGGGGAGGAAGGGAGAGAAGGGCGAAGGGGGGGGGGGGGGUUGGGGGGGGGGGGGCGAGGGGGUGGUGGGAGGAAGGGAUACGAGGAGGGGGGGGGGGCGGGGGUGAGGGGAGAGGGUGGUAGGGGGGGAUUGGGAGGACGGUGGGGUGAAAAGAGCGAGGAAAGGGGGGGUGGGGGGGGAGGGGGGGGGGGGGGGGUGCGAAGGGGGGGGAUAGCGCGGAGUGGCGAGAGUUUCUGCUUCAGUCUCUGUUUCUGUCUCAUCAAAGCUGUGGCGAUCUCUCUCCCCCCUCUCCCCCCUCUCCCCCCUCUCUUCCCCUCUCCCCCCUCUCCCCCCUCUCCCCCCUCUCUCCCCUCUCUCCCCCUCUCCCCUCUCCCCCCCUCUCCCCUCUAUCUCGCCCCUCUCCCCCCUCUCUCCGUGUGGUCGCUGCUUCCCUCUUCAGACGUGUAA